UAGGCGGGUUGCGUCACACGAGAGGCAGAUUGCGUGAGCAAAGUCAGCAAAACUGAAUAGGUGUUUGUGCGGAAUUCAAUUGAGGGUUAUGAUACAUAACGUUUUAUUUAUUAUUUACUUUUUAUUUACUGUUUAGAUGACAGGUGCGGACCUGUCAGAUGGACUGCAAUAUAGAGAGGUUGGCAGCUAUGUAUCCAGCACUGAUUACAGCUGGAAUGGUGUCUAUGGGUAUUUUCUACAGUCUUGCUGGUACUAUCCAGUGGAUGUAUGGCUGGCCAAAUAAACCAGGAUACAGGAAGUACAUAGAAGGAAUGUAUCCACGAAGAGUCUACUGCCUCACUAUAGCUUUGUUAGGGAUGUUGCGAUACAUACAAUAUACAAAGCUGUACAUCCAGUGUAAUUCUCUCUACAAGUCACUUAAUGACUCCAAUAAGGGCAUAACGUUUGGGCGUCAUGGUAACAAAUUGGAUGUCUUUAUUCCAAAAUACCAAGGUUUUGACCAAAGUUCAACGUAUCUUCCAGUUAUCAUUUUCAUUUAUGGAGGUGCCUGGGGAUCUGGACAAAGGGCUACUUAUUGCCUGCUAGCAUUACAGGUAGCCACUGAAUUGAAUGCUGUGGUGAUUUGCCCAGAUUAUUCUAUUUAUCCAAAGGGUUCUGUGGUAGAAAUGGUGCAAGAUGUCACUGACAGUAUCUCCUGGAUCAAGGAAAACGGGAACAGAUAUAAUUGUGAUAAGGACAGAAUUAUAUUUAUUGGUCACUCAGCAGGAGCCCAUCUGUGCGCACUUACUACCUUAUUUCUAGCUGGUGAGAAUGAAGAACUUGGGAUUGAUAAAAUGAAACAGAAUGACCUUCUUGCAUCAGUGAAAGGUUUCAUUGGUCUAAGUGGGGUCUAUCAUAUUGCGAACCAUUAUAAACAUGAACAAUGGAGAGGAAUAGAAUAUGUAUCCACAAUGCAGAGAGCUAUGAAAGGAAUUGACCACUUUGAUCAUUAUUCACCAACACUUGUUGUCAAUUCUCUACCAAGAGAGAGAUUACGCAGGUUGCCCCGUUUUGCUUUGCUUCAUGGCACCAAAGAUAAGAUUGUGCCUGUGGAUUCCACGGUGAAAUUUUCUCAUGCAUUGACAUUUGCAUCAGGUGACGUGGCCCUUCAUCUGCUGCCAGAAAUUGACCAUAUCAACAUUAUAAUGGAUCUCAUGGACUCCAAACGAAAAUAUUAUCAUUUACUCUUUGGCUACUUUAAACGGGAAAUUGAUACAUUUUUGAAUAAGUAGACAAAAUUUGAUUUUAAUGUUUUU